AUGGCCGUUGACGUUCCUCGUUCGGUGGUUCAGAAACUGAUGUUUUUUACUGCAGCCAUGGUGGUGCUUCCUGUUCUGGCCUUUUUCAUUGUUCAACAAUUUACUGACAACACACUCGUGAGCGGUGGUUUGGCUGCUCUUAUGGCCAAUCUGGUGCUUAUCGCAUAUGUGGUGAUGGCUUUCAGCGAAGAAGUCGAGGUUGAAGAUAGCAAUGAGGCAAAGAAGGAGAAGUGA